AUUCUCUCUCUCUCUCGCCUUGGCCUACUCUCUCGCAUUCUCUAUUCUCACGUAGCACUGACAAUAUUAUGUAAUCAGUGUCUCUCUCUCCUUUCUUCCGCCGGAUUCUUGACGACGCAGAUUUCCCUCACCGGAAAUUCGACCCCGCCGUCAAUGGGUCGUGAUUUCCGCAUUUCCGUCAGCCACCACAGCGCCCCCUCCUCUCCCCGCCCCUUGGCGUCUCCUAUCAGCCACCGGCCUCCCAUACCCGACCUCUCAUCGCCCUUCAGCGCGAUCGAAGGCCUCGAACGUGAUGAGCUCCGUGAGGCGGCCUAUGAAGUCUUCUUCACGGCGUGUCGGUCGUCGCCGGGGUUCGGCGGCCGGAGCGCCCUCUCCUACUACAAUUCUUCUGUCGACACUGCCGACCCCUAUGGGGCCUGCCCCGGCUCUCCGGGGAAGCACAACGGCGUAGGAAUGGCCGUCAGUAGCCGUGUGAAGCGGGCUUUGGGGCUGAAGAUGCUCAAACGAUCGCCGUCGUCUCGCCGGACCAACUCUUGCGGGGCAGUGCCCAUGCCCACGUCCCCCAGCUCAUCGGCGCCCGGGCCGUCGAGCCCAAGGUUCGGCUUCACGGUGCCGCAUGCAUCGAGGACGAGGCGGCCGCUAACAUCGGCUGAGAUUAUGCGGCAGCAGAUGAAGGUGACUGAGCAGAGCGAUAAUAGGCUGCGGAAAACUCUUAUGAGGACUCUAGUUGGCCAAAUGGGGCGGCGGGCGGAGACCAUAAUUCUCCCCUUGGAGCUGCUCCGCCACUUAAAACCGUCGGAAUUCAACGACGCAAACGAGUACCACAUGUGGCAGAGGCGACAACUCAAAAUUCUAGAGGCGGGACUAGUACUACACCCUUCAAUCCCGCUAGACAAAAUGGACGCCUUCUCCAUAAAGUUCAAAGAGAUUAUAGAAGCUUCGGAGCAUAAGGCGAUCGACACCGGCAAGAACUCGGCUAUCAUGAGAGCCCUGUGCAACUGCGUCGUGUCGCUAGCGUGGCGGAGCCCCGACGGCGGCAGCACGGACGUGUGCCACUGGGCGGACGGCUACCCUCUGAAUGUUCACAUCUACACGGCGCUGCUGGCAUCCAUCUUCGACUCCAAGGAAGAGACGAUGGUGUUGGACGAAGUGGAUGAGUUGAUCGAGCUGAUGAAGAAGACGUGGUCCACUUUGGGAAUCAACAGAUCCAUUCACCACCUCUGCUUCACUUGGGUCCUCUUCGAGCAGUUCGUGGCCACUGGCCAAGUCGAGCCUGAUCUCCUCGGUGCAUCUUUCGCCAUGCUCACUGAGGUUGCUAGUGAUGCUAAGAAAUCCGAUCGAGAUCCUUACUAUCUCAAAAUGCUUGCGCAAGGUCUCAAUUCCAUGAAGAAGUGGACGGAGGCUAGACUGCUUGAUUAUCACGAGAAUUUCAAUAGAGAAACAGUUGGCCUAAUGGAGAAUAUGCUUCCUUUGCUCUUCUCCGUUACCAAGAUAUUAGAAGAGGAUGUGCCAGCUUACGUUGCUUCCGCCCAAGAGAAGGGAGAAAACGCCGAUGAAUCCACUGGAAAUCGAGUUGAUCAUUACAUCCGAUCGUCGCUCAAGAAUGCAUUCGACAAGAUGGUGGAAGAUGCAGACGCAGGUGAGUUGAUCAGGAACGGUGAAGCGCAGGAGGCAAGCGAGCUGCUAAUGAAGCUAGCUCGAAAAACAGAAGAGUUGGCCAUGAAGGAGAAAGAUAUAUUUAGCCCUCUUCUGAAAAGAUGGCAUCCAAUCGCGGCGGGAGUUGCGGCUGUGACGUUGCACACCUGCUAUGGGGGAUUGUUGAAGCAAUUCUUGGCCGGAAAAUCGCCGCUCUUGAAUGAGACCGUGAUCGUGCUACAAAGGGCCGGGAAGCUGGAGAAGAGUCUAGUGCAGCUGGUGGUGGAGGAUUCUGUCGAGUGCGAGGACGGAGGCAAGGCCAUUGUGAGGGAGAUGGUUCCUUAUGAAGUGGAGACCAUCAUACAUAAACAGAUGAAGCAGUGGAUUCAAGAUAGAUUGCAGAAAGGGAAGGAGCAUAUCUUGAGAGCAAAGCAAACUGAAACAUGGAAUCCCAAGUCAAAACACGAACCCCACGCUUAUUCAGCUGUAGAGGUGGUCUCCUUCGCUAAGGAAGCCAUCGAGAAUUUCUUCGACAUUCCCAUCACCAUAACCGAGAGCUCAUUCCAUUAUCUCAUCGAAGGCUUGCAAAACAUCUUCCGCGAAUACAUCGCAUUCGUUGCCUCAUGCGGAACGAAGCAGAACUACAUGCCCACACUUCCUCCACUAACGCGGUGCAGCCGCGACUCAAAGUUCUUGAAGCUCUGGAAAAGGGCUGCAUGUAGCGUCGGAGUGGAGGAUCUCAACCAGAUCUUGUCGGGCGGCGAUGGCGACCGUCUCCGCCCCACCACAAGCCGCGGAACGCAGCGUCUCUACAUAAGGCUCAACACCUUGCACUACCUUGUCACCCAACUGCAAUCACUCGACAAAUUAGUCUCCAUGUCACCCAAAGUUCUUCCCAACAAAAGCCUCUCCUCUAAAAAAAAAACAUCAUCCAGCUCCUCAUACUUCAAUACUAGCUUAUCGACACUGCAGCUCGCCUGCCAUCACGUGUCGGAGGUGGCCGCGUACCGCCUCAUAUUCCUCGACUCCAACUCUGUUCUCUAUGGCAGCCUCUACAUCGGGGGCGUGGGAAACACACGCAUCAAUCCGGCUCUCAGAGUGUUGAAGCAGAACCUCACCCUUCUCUGCGCCAUAGUCACCGAGAGAGCUCAGCCCACGGCUCUCAAGGAAGUGAUGAAGGCAUGCUUCGAGUCAUUUCUCAUGGUGCUUCUUGCGGGAGGCAACAACAGGAUGUUCUGCCGGCUGGAUCACCCGGCCAUCGAGGAGGAUUUCGACCACCUCAAGCGCUUGUUCUGCACGUGCGGUGAGGGUCUAAUAGUGGAGGAUGUUGUAGAGAGGGAAUCUGAGGUGGUGCAGGGUGUGGUGGCGCUCAUGGGGCAGUCAACGGAGCAAUUAGUCGAGGAUUUCAGCAGCGUCGCUAGUGAAACAUGUGGACUAGGCGGCGUGGGGCAGAAGAUCCCCAUGCCGCCUACAACGGGAAGGUGGAACCGCUCUGAUCCCAACACCAUACUGAGGGUGCUCUGUGCUAGGAAAGAUAAAGCUGCCAAUCAUUUUCUUAAGAAAACCUUUCAGUUGGCUAAGAGGGGGAAUGGCAUUAGGAUUAUUUGAAAUCUGCAUUCUUUAAUUUAAUUAAAACAAACAAACUGUUAGAGGGAUAAAUGUAAAUAAGAUUUGCUUUACUGAAUAUUUUUAUGUACUUUUGUAGUGGUAUGUCGAGAGAAAGAUAGAGGUUGGGAGAUUUUUGUCUUCUUUUUUUGAUCACCAAAACUAUAUCUUUGUCAGGAUCUAUAUACGUAGUUGGUGAGACUAGAAAGAGGGUUUUCAUUUUUUUACCCCUUUGUAAGCUUUUGAUCCAAUCUUGUAUAUUUCAGUUUUUGUCUCAA